UCAGGAAGUGGUGUUUGAAUGUGGCCACCAAGCGCUGGGCACCUGGGCAAGCUCGGCAGAGCCGGAUAGGACGAGGCGCAUCCAGACAUUGGUUCCUCUGGCAGUGUGACCGGGCGUCCGAGAGAGAGAGAGAGAGAGAGAGAGAGAGAGAGGGUGAACUAUAGUGCGCCCUGUGAGGGAGGAGGUGCCUGUGGGACAGAGAGCGAUGGCUGGUCGGGGGCAGGGAGCCCCUCUCCUCCUCCUUGUCCUCCUGCUCGUCCUGUUGGAAGGCGUCCCGCCCGGCCACGGGUCUGGAUACCUGUCGGCCUCCCGGCUGAGGUCCCGCCCCCAGAGGGACCGCCACUUCCGCAACGUUCGGCCCAACAUCAUCCUCAUCCUCACCGAUGACCAGGACAUAGAGCUGGGCUCCAUGCAGGCCAUGAACAAGACACGGCGCAUCAUGGAGAAGGGGGGCAUGCACUUCACCAACGCCUUCUCCACCACACCCAUGUGCUGCCCCUCCCGCUCCUCCAUCCUGACGGGCAAGUACGUGCACAACCACCACACCUUCACCAACAACGAGAACUGCUCCUCCCCCUCCUGGCAGGCCCACCACGAGCCGCACACCUUCGCCGUGCACCUCAACAACUCUGGCUACCGCACAGCCUUCUUCGGGAAGUACCUGAACGAGUACAACGGCUCCUACGUGCCCCCCGGCUGGCGUGAGUGGGUGGCUCUGGUCAAGAACUCCCGCUUCUACAACUACACGCUCUGCAGGAACGGAGUCCGCGAGAAGCACGGCGGGGACUACCCCAAGGACUACCUGACAGACCUCAUCACCAGGGACAGCAUCAACUACUUCCGCACCUCCAAGAAGAUGUACCCCCACCGGCCAGUGCUGAUGGUGAUGAGCCACGCUGCCCCCCAUGGCCCGGAGGACUCAGCGCCGCAGUACAGCACCGCCUUCCCCAACGCAUCGCAGCACAUCACGCCCAGCUACAACUACGCGCCCAACCAGGACAAGCAUUGGAUCCUGCGCUAUACGGGGGCCAUGAAGCCGGUCCACAUGCAGUUCACCAACAUGCUGCAGCGCCGCCGCAUGCAGACCCUGCUGUCUGUGGACGACAGCGUGGAGAAGGUGUACGACAUGCUGGUGGAGACGGGCGAACUGGACAACACCUACAUCAUCUACACCUCGGACCACGGGUACCACAUCGGACAGUUCGGUCUGGUCAAGGGCAAGUCCAUGCCCUACGAGUUCGACAUCCGCGUGCCCUUCUUCAUACGAGGGCCCAGCGUGGACCAGGGGGCCAUCAACCCCCACAUAGUGCUGAACGUUGACCUGGCGCCUACCAUGCUGGAUAUGGCUGGAGCCGACAUCCCCGCCGAGAUGGACGGGAAGUCCAUCCUCAAACUUCUGGACGCAGAAAAGCCUGUCAACAGGUUCCAGUUGAGCAGGAAGACGAAGACAUGGCGGGAUUCCUUUCUGGUGGAGCGCGGGAAGCCAAUGCACAAGAGGACGGACGGCAAGGACGUGGAUCAGGAGGAGAACUUCCUUCCCAAAUACCAGCGGGUCAGGGAGCUGUGUCAGAAGGCGGAGUACCAGACCUCCUGUCAGCAGCCUGGACAGAAAUGGCAGUGUGUGGAGGACCCCACGGGCAAGCUGAGGCUCUAUAAGUGUAAAGGCAUGGCGGGUCUCUAUGCUGCGCCGCGCAUGCAGGCCCUGAAGGCCAGCAGUGAUGGACCCCAGCCCUACGUCCCCCCUGUCAACGCUGACGGCUGUGACUGCGGGCCCCUGGGAUUUAAGGCGGAGGCCCCCAAGAGGACGUUGGUAACCAAGAAAAAGAUGAAGUCCAGCAAGACGGUCAGCAGGAGCCGCUGGGCGCGCUCUGUGCCCUUUGAGCUGGACGGGGACCUGUACGCCGUGGACCUGGAGGAUGGCUACCGGCCCGUGGGCCACGGUAACCACAGCAACGAGGAUAGGAGGAACGGAGCUGAGCAGGACGCCCUGGAUGACGACGCGGAGGGGUUCAGUGGGAUGGGGAUCACGGCCAGACCCACCCCCACACCAGGAAGUAGAGUCACACCGUCGGCCGCUCUCAAGGUGACCUACAGGUGCUCCAUUCUCAUGAAUGACACAGUUAAGUGUGACGGAGGGCUGUACAAGUCUCUCCAAGCCUGGAAGGACCACAAGCUACACAUUGAACAUGAGAUCGAAACACUGCAGACCAAAAUCCAGAACCUCCGAGAGGUGAAAGGUCAUCUAAAGAAGGUCAAACCGGAGGAGUGUGAGUGUAGUCUUCCUAGUUAUUUCCUCAAGAACAAAGAGGCCUAUAGACUUAAUGCCAGACGCCUGCACUCACUCAGGAUGCCCUCAAAGGAGAAGAAGCAGUGGAUACUGAAAGACCAGAAACGCAGGAAGAAGCUGCGCAAACUGCUAAAGCGGCUCCGUAACAACGACACGUGCAGCAUGCCCGGCCUGACCUGCUUCACCCAUGACAACCACCACUGGCAGACCCCGCCCUUCUGGACAAUGGGGCCGUUCUGUGCAUGCACCAGUGCAAACAACAACACUUACUGGUGCCUGCGGACCAUCAACGAAACGCACAACUUCCUGUUCUGUGAGUUUGCCACUGGUUUCCUGGAGUACUUCGACAUCAACACCGACCCAUACCAGCUGAUAAAUGCAGUGAGCACGCUGGACCGCAACGCUCUGAACUCCAUGCACCAGCAACUGAUGGAGCUGCGCAGCUGCAAGGGCCACAAGCAGUGCAACCCUGAGAAGGGAGGAAAAGAGAGGAACUACUUCAGCGAGUACAGGCCGGUUCAGCGGCGAAAGCGGCCAAAAGUGAAGAAGCCCUCCUCCAAAUCGCUAGGCCAGAUCUGGGAAGGCUGGGUGGGUUAAGUCCCAGCGGCAUCCCGGGAUCAGCCACCGCCACACCAGGUCUCCCUCCGGUCGAGGAGGUGGGAGCGGAAGAACGGGGGAGAACGAGAGGACCUUGGCCACCCCCUGUUGGAAUGUAACCCUGCGAUGCGAUUCUCCUCCUCCUCCUUUGCUUUUUUUUUUCGGUUGCUUUUUUGGAUCGGUCCCAGAUUGUGGCCAUUAUCAUCCGAGCAGAAGAAGUGCUGAGCUCAACACAAAAAAAAAACCUCCAAUCUGAUACCGGCGGUGUGUGUCUGUUUCUCCCUCCCCACAUGCGUUUACACUCAUAACACACACUCACAUUUUCCACCGCUCGUGGCCCAUGGGGGCUCGCAACACCUCAUCUCUUCCUCUCCCCCUCUCUCUCUCUGUGCUCCGAAGCAGACAGUCGGGUCUUGCCUGUACAUAGUUUAUAUCAGCUUUAAUCUGCUCUCUAUUCAUGGCGCAUGGAAGCGGUGGAGUGAACAGAUGCACUGCUGAUAUAGAAGAGGGUUUUUUUGGGGUGGUGUCAACUCUGCUGCUGUACGCACUGAAUAAGCGUCGAUGAGCUGUCUGGGCGCGUCACAGUCUGAAGGCUGAUUGUUUCAAAGCUGUGCACCGAUUGGCGUCUGUGUACGUGAGAAGUGGCCUGGACCAGGGUGUAAUAAUGAAGAUGGAUGAUUGUUGCAGUCUUUUUGUUUCAUAGCUAACCAUAAUGUAGAUGAAUGUCAUUUAUGCAACAUCUCACACACACACACACACACACACACACACACACACACACACACACACACACACACACACACACACACACACACACACACACACACACACUCACACUCACACUCACACUAUACUGUUGUUACUCAGAGAGCAAAGAGGACUAGAGUUCACCUACCAUGAUCAUGCCAGCUACACCUCUGACAGUAACCACAAAGUUUCACUUUGUACAAUCGCAAUGACUUCCCUGCUGGUAAUAUGCUUUAUGAUUGGAUGGCAUGUUACCCAUUUGUAUUGUCAAUAUCCCACUGUAGAAAUAUCCAAAUGGUUUGUUUUCCGCUUGCUAUACAUGGUGCUAAAAAAACUUGCUUUACAGUACAGUAUGUAUUUGAAUGUAUGUUGUGCAAUUAAUAUAAAUGUUUACAAUAUUUUUUAUAAUACUGAAGGGACAGAUAUUUCUUGUAUAGGCCUAAUGUACUCUGACAAAAAUGAUCUUUAGGGUAGAAAUGUAGCUUGAAGACUUAUUGCUCUUAAUUUGUAUCCUCUUGAUUAGACAUAUUUGAUUUUUGAAGAAUUGUGUUUUGGAUUUAGUGUACAUUUUAAAUGAAAAAGCACUUAAAAGGUUCACUGUGAAAAGAAAGGUCCCUGUAAAUUGAAUAGAUGUAUACUUUACGACAGCACAAUGUAAUACUUCUUGAUGUGAAUUUUAGCUACUUGCCUUUGUUAGCUCAAUUGAUUUGUUCUUCCUAAACUUCCAUAGACUUGGGUGCUAGUACAUGUGAAUAAAGUGUUGUUUGACCAUAAAA